AUGACCGACCAGAAGGAAUACCUCAACGCGCAGGACUUCGAAGCCGAUUUGACAGACCCUAACGGGGGCGCUACAGGCCUCGCGGAGCUCGAUGCUGAGAUGGGCCGCUCAGAGUGGCUCGUUGCAUUCGCCCCAAUUCGAAUCCUGACUGCGGGCGGGUUCCUAGCAGUGUCCUAUUUCAAGAGUCGUGAAAGCACAGGAGAUCUGGACUAUCUGAUCGACCCGGAAUUUGCAAGGGACAGAGAUGUUCAAGGAGCCCUUAAGCAAGCCAUCCUCAAUGUCUCCCGGCGACUGCGGUUUAACAGGACAUGGGUAAACGAUGCCAUCGCCAUUUUCAUUACCGCGGAAGCUCGACAGGCUCUCUUCGAAGGGGCAGAGAAGCAGAAUAUUGUGCUUUUCAAAGGUGAGAACCUCGAGGUGCUCGCAGCGCCUAUCGAAUGGGCCCUCGAGCGGAAAUUAAGGCGAAUCCACGCCGCAAACCGGGGCCGAAAGGCAGAACUAGACAUUGGGGAUGCAGUCACUUUCUUGAAGCACUUGCGGGAGCGCAACAACGGGCCGCUGGAUCUGGGACUGAUUCGGCGCAUGAACAUCAACACAUUCGACGUGAUCCCAGAUCAGAUGACCAUGCAACAAGUAGCCAACGCAUAUCGCCAGAAGUACAGCGAGGAGAUUUUCAGAUAG